GUGCCAUCUGGGGCUCACAGCACGCUGUUGAUCGACUCCCCCCCCCCUCCUCAUGGGCGGCAAGCAACGCUUGUGGCAGUCCCAAGGAGAUAUGUCACUGAGGCGCAACAUUCCCCACCACCAACAGUGCAUACAGAGCAGCACACGUAGGAGAUUGAAUCCAUGGCGGACAUUUAUCGACAGUUGCGGGAUGCAAGCACGCCUCGCCGGGGUGUCUGCCACCCUUCACGCCACGAACCGGGCGAUCACUGAAUGCUUACGUCACCAAAGCCCAUUGUCAACAAUGAAGUCCGCCACACGAGAAUUCUCCGCGGCGCGUUCCUGCCGCCAGUCAACCCAUCCCAAAAUUCGUCGCGUGGCUUUGAUCCCGCCAUCCUCUCGCGCCUCGUCGCUACAGUUUUGGCUGCCGUCGCUGCUCUCUUCACUCAUCAAGCCAAAAGGACCCCGUCGACCUCUCCGCGUCGACUUUCCAUCCCAAAAACAACUACACAACAAUGGCUGAGGGUGCUCGUGGUGGUUUCGGCCGUGGCCGUGGUUCGGGGCCGCGUGGCCGUCGUGGUGCCCGUCGUGGCCCGAAGCGUGACGACGAGAAGGAGUGGGUCCCCGUUACCAAGCUCGGCCGCCUCGUAAAGGACGGCAAGAUCAAGUCGAUGGAGGAGAUCUACCUCUUCUCGCUCCCCAUCAAGGAGUACCAGAUCAUCGACCUCUUCCUCCCCACCCUCAAGGACGAGGUCAUGAAGAUCAUGCCCGUCCAGAAGCAGACUUCGGCCGGUCAGCGCACCCGCUUCAAGGCCUUCGUCGCCGUCGGUGACUUUGACGGCCACGUCGGUCUCGGUGUCAAGUGCGCCAAGGAGGUUGCCACCGCUAUCCGCGGCGCCAUCGUCCUCGCCAAGCUCGCUGUUGUCCCCGUCCGUCGCGGCUACUGGGGCUCGCACAUCGCUGAGCCUCACACCGUCCCCAUGAAGGUCUCGGGCAAGUCGGGCUCGGUCAUGUGCCGUCUCAUCCCCGCCCCCCGCGGUACCGGCAUUGUCGCCGCCCCCGCCUCGAAGCGCAUGCUCCAGAUGGCCGGUAUCCAGGACUGCUACACCCAGUCCAAGGGCUCGACCGCCACCCAGGGCAACUUCCUCAAGGCCACCGUCGCGGCCCUCUCGAAGACCUACCAGUUCCAGUCGCCCGACCUCUGGCAGGUUAUCCCCGUUGGACAGACCCCCUACGACGAGUUCUCCAACCACCUCGCCAUUGCCGCCCGCAAGGCCGCCGCCUACUAAGCGAUGCGCUGUUUGUAGUGUGUGUGCUUCAGAUGCCAUUGGGUUUGGCAUGAUCGUUGCGUGUAGGAUAUGGCAGAUGUGCAGUGUUG